GGUCCGUUGAAGUCGAGAUUUAAUGCAAUAUGCAAUAAUCUUGGGCACACGAGUACAGCGGUGACAAUCGGGAAGUCAAGAUUCCCAGCCAUUCUUCGGCAUGCCAUUGACCUAACCACCCCUGCUUCCAUACAGCGUGCAUUUGAAGUCACCGGGCUCUGUCCAGUCAACAGGAUGGCCAUUGAUAGGUCGCAACUUAUCCAGUCAACUUUCUUGUCACAGGAAGUAAACAAUGGUAUAAAGAAACAUUUCAUUUUCUUUGUAAUCUAUUUUAAAUAUAUUUAUGUCUGCUAUGUCUGAAAUUUGUAUAUCAACCAUGAUAAACGUUAGAAUUUAGAAAUGUACAAAACUACACAUCUUGAAUAUUAAUUCGAAAUGAUGACAAGAAAAGGUUUCAUCAUGGUUGUAAUCAAGUCAUUCGCACAUUAUACUUACAAGUGAAUUAAAUGAUUUUUGUAAUAUUUCAGAAAAAGAGACAGCAGCCCCUGAGACCUGUGGUAAUUUUACAGUAAACCCUUUGGUUGUAAAAGGCAUUGUUCUGGAGAGUUUGGGGAAAAUUCUGUUGCCCCCGCCGGUGAAACCGUUAGACGAAAAGAAAAAGUCUAAAAAGGGUCGAGCCUGGUCGUGUUCUCAGCACUACAGAAAUGCUAAAUGAACUGAAGGUAUGAUACAACAUUUUGAACGCCGUGCGAGAUUCUCCUUUCUUUAUUUUUAUGCCUUCCUUGUUAAAGCCAUUUCGUGAUGUUGUACAUUCCAAUACCAGAAUUAACGUCUACACAAUUAUUUUCUGAUUUUUGACCGUGAUGUCAUUUGCCUUUCUUGUUGACUUUCAAUUUAGAUUAUGUUUUCAGGAACGUGAAAAACAAGAGGAGGAGAAAAAAGUCGCCAUUGAACGUCGGAAGAAGGAGGUAGAAGAAAGGAAAGUAAAGAAGGCAGCAGAGAUAGAAGAACGGCGAAUUAGAAGAGACAUGGAGAAGGCCGAGAAAGCGGAGAAAAGAAAGGAGGAUGAAGAAAAAGAGGCCAGAAAAAGACUGAGAGAUGAGAAGAGACAAGAGAAAGCUAGGGAGAAGGCGUCUGGGAAACCAGACAUGGCUGCUAUUAUGGCAUCGUCUUUUGUGUGUGAUAUAUGUGGAGAGUGUGGGCUUGUGGAUGAUGAAGAUAAUGGAAUAGCUGGAUAUAUGGUUGUGAUGGGUGUGAUAGGUGGUAUCAUGAUUGUUGUUUAAGUAUAAGCGAGUUAUGGUAUGUGAGAACUAGUCUGAAUGAAGAGUCUGAAUGGUUUUGUAAACUCUGUAAGCCUGCAGUAUAUGAAGAUUAGUGAAUGUAAAUGGAGACAGUGACUGAUCAUUAACACAUAUUUUAUGAUGAAUUAAAUUACUGUGAUAAAAAUCUUAGGCUUUAACACCCUGGCAGAAAUGUUUUAUAAACUACAUGGUUUUCAAAAAUCCUGAAAUAACAUGAGUGUUACGUUAUUUCUGUGUUUUUGUUGUUAAUUUGUUAACCACCUUCCAGGGCCUCAAUAUGUGGUUGAACUUGUUUUAUCUUGAUCGACGGGCCAGGUCACAUGCAUCGGCCGGUAGAAAAAAGUUCCGAAUAAAAUGUUUGUCAACAAAAGAACGUGCACAGUAACUGAACAUCGUUAGCAUGAAAAUAUUUUAACACUCUAGACUGAGAUCUACUAAGUUCGUUCGAUAAAAAAAAAAUUGUGACGUUUUUCCAUGACCGCACGCGAUCGGCACAAGCCGGGGAUUGUGCGACAUUAUUGUGGUCCUGAUAGUUGUGUCAAAAAGUAGAGAAUCAUAUCAAAAGCAACAUAAUCUGUGAGUAGGUAAGAGUAGUUGUAAACAUUUAUUUUAGCUCACAUAGAAUUUAAUGCGUAUUACAUUGUUAUAUUUUGCAGUUAUACAUCAAAUUAGAAAGUAGUCAGUAUGAUCACGUGAUUAAAAGGUAAUUAAACUUAAAUCGAGUGGAGAUGUGUUUAUUUAUUUACAGGGCCAAAUUUGACUGCUUUGCUUCAAACA